AUGGCAGAAGAGACAAGUUUAAGCCAAGCCGAUUCAGAUCAAACAUUCAAAAUCGAUCGAAUGGGAAAAUUUAGACGACCCAUCCGAUAUCGGCCAGGCAAAUCUUACUCAGCUAAUAACGAUAAAACAAAUGUAGUGAGAAAUUUGGAAGCUACAGAGGAUCUAUCUCAAAACCAUGCUGUUAACCAUGAUACAAGAAAAGAAAAUCAAUCUAUUUCGAGGCAAUUACUGUAUGAAUGUGACGAAAUGAUGAUCGAUUAUUUUAUGGAUGGAGAUUAUAUCGCACGGCAACUUCAAGAGGUAAAAUUACAAUGUCGUCGAGAUAUUAUGACGGAAUUCGACAACACCUUUGCCAAUGUAAUUCAUCAUCUGGAAAAUAAAACGAAACAGUCUGUUUCUCGAACACCGUUAAUUGAAAAUAAAACCAUCAUUCGUGCUUUUAAACGUACUUAA